AUGGUGUUGUACGGCUACGAUGCAUCGGUCUUCAAUUCCGUUCAAGGCUCGGAUAACUGGAUGGCGUGGUUCAACGAGCCCAGCGCGCCGACCAUCGGGUCAAUCAAUACAGCGUACACAGUCGGUGCCAUCUUUGGUGGUUUUUUCCUUGGAGGGCCAACGGCCGAUUUCCUUGGGCGCAAGGUCUGGAAUGGCGAUUGGUUGUGCCUUUGUCAUCAUUGCUACAUUCAUGCAGACCUUUUCGCCGCACUGGCAACCUGGGGUGCUUCCUGGCUGGCCGGUGCCAUCAUUGGUAUUGGCCAGGGUAUUGCACUGACGGCUGGCCCCAUCUACAUUGGUGAACUGGCACCCUCCGAGAUUCGCGGCAAAAUCAUGACUUUCUGGCAGAUGUUCUACUCCAAUGUUACCAAACUGGGUCAAUGGGACUGGAAGUUGGUUAUCAUCUUCCAGCUUCUGGUGCCCGUUCUGAUUCUCAUCUUGCUACCUACUAUUCCGGGUAGCCCUCGUUGGUUCAUCAAGAAUGGUAACCACAUCGAGAAGGCACGUGCUGCACUUCGAAGAGUGCGAGACACCGAGGAGGAGGUCGAGGGAGAACUGAUGCAAAUCCGGGAGGCGAUUGAGUAUGAGAAAGAAGCCAUUUCAGGCAACUACAGCGCCUUGUGGAAGGACAGAUCACUGGACAAGGGCUCUCUCAACACUUACUCGACCAAGAUCUAUGAGAAGGUGUUUACCAGCGACAGCCAGAUUGCACUCAUCAACGCCCUGAAUGCCACCUUUGGUAUUCUCUUCACUUUGAAUGCUGUGUGGCUCAUCGACCGAUUUGGACGACGGUUCCUCUUGAUCCUUGGAGGCAUCGGGAUGGGCCUCUGCAUGAUCAUUGCCGCCGCCGUCGAGACCGAAACGCCAAACCUUCCAAACGGAGCCAAAUCCGAGUCCGUUGGCAUCGCAAUUGUGUUUCUCAUGUUCUUAUUUAUCUUCUUCUACAAGCCUUCUUGGGGCGCGACCGUCUGGAUCUGGACCUCCGAGAUCUUCUCCAUGAACGUCCGCGCGCAAGCCGUGGGGAUGGCUUCGCAGACACAGAAUGUGGCAAAUACGAUCUUCCAGCAGUUCUUCCCCAUCUUUCUCGAGCAUGACGGCUUCUAUGCUUUCUACUUGUUUGCGGGUAUCAAUUUCUUGCUGGCCAUCUUCGUCUUUUUCUUGGUGCCGGAGACCAAGAAAGUCCCUCUUGAAGAAAUCGACAUAUUGUUCGGCGGCGCCAACCACGUUGCGCAAGGCGAGGAAGUCCUUGCAAACCAGAAGGCUGCUAAUGCUCGUGAGGUUCAGGAGGUUCAUGAAGCUCAUGAGAAGCCCGGAACUGUUAACGUUGAGAAUGUGGAAUCUCGUUGA